AUGUCUGAAAAUCCUGCAAGCGAUUCUUUUAUGAACGAUCAUUCGGGGGAGGCGAAUGAAUUAUUUGUAAGUGGAUCCGAUCAUCAUCAAGAUUACACCCGUCAUCCGUGGUCGGAGGGUCCGAUCGAUUAUCACAACGAGAAUGAGCCAAACGCCAACAAUAUACCCGGCAUCUCAGGUGACUUUAACUUUACGUCCGGCGAAGAGAGUAAUGUGAUGACCUCUGACAUAGACAAUUUUUCGGUGUCAAAUAAUUCUCCCGCUCGGGAGAUGACAUCGAACGUUAACAAUACGUCAAAUAUUUCCCCGAACUCUUCGGUUGGUUCAAACAUUGCUGCGCCCAGUGUUGACGCGUCGCAUGAAGAAUCCGCGGGCACCAACAACUCUCUUGGAAACGAGAGCUAUUUCGAUCAACCAAUUAACCAAUUAACUUUGAACGACCGCGCUUAUUUCGCCAAUUAUUAUCCGUACAUCACACCUCAGUCCAAUCUACCUGGUGGUAACCAGACCACCCUAAAUAAUGGAACUUACACCUUGACCUUACCCGCGGCUACCAAUAACCCUGUGAGGAUUGAUCCAAGUUUACUGAAUUACGAGCAAAACGUGCCGGUGCAAGGCUCGUCGAACUACGGACAGACUGGUUAUGUCAACAACCCCGUUUCAGUAAACAGUAACCCGGUCGCAAACUAUUGGAACGAAGAUGUGCAUGCGCAAAUCUCACGUGGAUUACCUUCUAACUACUAUAGCACGAUUCCAACCACUACCUCUUACGAACAAUUUGUGUUAAAUAGUAAUGGGCGUUCCAUAGUUGCGGACCCCAUGAGGGACUACAUAACCCUAGGUGAUUCUUCGUUGACGAACAAGGGGAAAAAGAAACGAGGGCGUAAGCCUGAAUCCGAUUAUACACAUGUGAUACCUUUACCAUCACCGUCAUCGACGGAUGGUAAUCGUCAGGAAAUUGCCCAGUGCUCGAACUGCGGCGUGCGGGAUACGCCCGCGUGGAGACGUGACCUACAGGGCGUCGCUCUACUUUGCAAUGCAUGUGGUCUCUAUUUAAAAAAUAAAGGUGUUUAUCGUCCGACCGAAAUCGCUCCGGAUGGAACCGUUCGUCUCAUGCGAACUCAGCGACCCGAACCAGAAUUUGCGUGUCACAAUUGCGGCACGCGCAACACACCUUGUUGGAGAGGACCCGAGGGUCAGAAACUUUGUAAUAAAUGCGGGUUAUUCCUGAAACAACAUGGAUACGCACGUCCGCCAAGUUCACCACACAAAUCCGUAAGAUACAAUUCUUACUAG